UGUCUCCUCCCAGCUCUGCCUCCUGUCCUCGGUGUUUAUGAUCCGAGGCUGCGCGCUGAGCGGCUCUAUUGUCUGAGCGGCGGCAGCGGCAGCGGCGGAGCGGAGCGGCAUCACUGUGACCCCGAUCCCCGGGAGGAGGCCACCGCUGCUCGGGGAGCCCCGGAGCGGACACACGCGCCGAGGACGGUGACGUUUUCGUUUCGUUAUUCGGGUUUGAAUCUCGCCGUGGCUCAGAGACGGACCGUGUUUCUGCGGCGGUCGCACCGAGCAACAGUUGUCACGAUGUCUGAGAUCAGAUGAGGCCGGAGCUGCGGAGCGAUCACUGCGGCGCUGUCGAGCUCCGGGCUGCCGCGUCCCGCCUGCGAUGAUCCCGCCGUGUGUUUAACCGUCCGGGGGACGGAGAAGGGAGCCUGGUGAAGCCCGCGUCCGCCCGUCACUGCUCCGCCGUUCGAUCGGCCACACGCCCGCACACGCACCGGCCGAGGCGAGGUUUUGUCUGCGGGUGAAUCCGGACGUCGGCGGGGGCUCAUGCUUCGCUCCGCGGGGGAACGGGCUGUUGCGUCUGCGGAGAGUUGACGAGCCUGCGGAGGACCCGCGGACAGACAGACAGCCAGGAGGCCGAGAGACAGACAGGGAGCGAGGGGAGGGGGCCACAGCCUGGUUCGGCUCUCUCGACCCGCAGCGGAUCGAGCCGAGCCCCCUCCUGUUUCCACCCAGAGCCGCCACCCAGUCGCCCCCCGCUUUGGAUGGGGGGAAAGCAGAGCACGGCGGGGCGGCCCCGGGGCGCUUUCCCCGGUGUCUCCACGGAUGACAGCGCGGUGCCACCCUCGGCCCACUUCGGCCACUACCGGCCGAGCGGCACGAUGGGCCUGCGGAGCCGCUCGGUGAGCUCCGUCGCCGGGAUGGGCAUCGAUCACAGCCCCGCCGUGCCAUUCGGCUUCUACACCCCGAGAGGGACGGACUCGGAUCGGGCCGGAGGGGGGUCAGGGGGCACGACAGCCGCCCCCCACCACGGUACCGGGUACCAGGACUCUGGGGGAGGAGGGCACCACACGGACGGGGUGCUCUAUCUGGGGUCCCGGGGGUCGCUGGCUGACACCUUACCCCUGCACAUCGCACCCCGCUGGUUCAGCGCGCACAGCGAUGCACAGCAGACUCAGCCAGGUCCCCAGGCUCUCAUUACUAAAGCCCUGACCGGCUCACAGCAGGAGAAUAGCAAGUUGGAUAUCAACAUCUCGGCUGUUUUUCUCUUGCCUACAUUGCCUAGCGACUCUGAUGUGCGUUCAUAUCAGUGGGAGGAGAUAACAGGGCUGGGUCGGGGGAAGUGGGGGCGUCUGCAGAGGAAAGCUGAGGAAG